AUCAUGGCACAAAGCGCAGACGUGUCACAUGUUAAUAUGAAAACUGGACUGGUAACACGUGUCAACCCUCCCACUCUUAUCUACAAACAAGAACCCUCCUUCAGCAACCUCCCUCUAACAAAUGUCCAGGGUGGCUCGAAGUCGUUACUUGUAGACCACCAGCCUGCGAAAAGGCCUAAGAGGGAUGCGCCUGUCAAGCGAUUCAGGUGUGAGUAUUUAGGGUGUGGUAAAGCGUUCAGCAAGUCAGAUCACCUCAAAACACACGUGCGUACCCACACAGGAGAACGGCCCUACAGGUGUAAAACCUGCCCUAAGGGGUUCAGUGACUUGGCAAACUUGAAACGACACGAUAGGAUCCACACCGGCAAAAAACCUUUCAAAUGUGAGGAUUGCGAUAAAUGCUUUGCAGUGUCCAGCAACUUGAAACAGCACAAAAGAACCCACACUGGUCUGAGACCCUACGACUGUCACGUGUGUGGUAAGACGUUCAGUCACGUGUCCUCUCGGAGAAAACACAUGUUACAGCACACCCCGGCUGGGUGCCAUGCUCAGGAUAAGGCAGGGAAUACGACUAUUGGUGACAGUAGAAGUUGUCAACUAACUGUCCCUACCACAACAAAACCAGUAUACUCUUACACCAACAAAUCAGUGAUCCUCCAAUAUCCACCUCGAUCCUACCUCCAACAAUCAUCAGUAGAUGUGUUGCUCCCAGCUCCAGCACCACUUAACCCAGUAGGAACAACUUUCCCGCCAAGUCACGAGAGUGGGAUCUCCACAGCAGGCAGUUACCUCCCUUCCCUGGUACCUAGCUUCACAACCAGCUCCAACCACUUCACUACCAGCAGGGUUGUGGAGGGGUGCUCUACACACCCUUACGUUUACAGUGGUCCCUUCUACGCGGGGCUCGCUCCCUGCAUGCAUACCCCUUACAUCCAGACUACUUCCUCUCUCCCUGUCUCCACUAGAUCUCCCUUCCCGGCUUCCUCUCACUACCCCUCCCCAGCAGUCACAGUGCCCUCUCCUCCUUCCCCCUACCAAUCUCCUACCUCUCACCACUCCCCUACCUCUCACCACUCCCCCAACUCUCACCACUCCCCCAACUCUCACCAGACUUCUAGCCCUCACUACUCUAACCGCAAUCCAAGCCCUCACCACUCCCCUACCUCUCACCAGUUCGAGCAACCGCAGGAGAACUUGUAUCAGAUUGACGGAAACUUCGACACCAUCUCCCCUCCUAACAGUAUCGAGUCUGUCCCCUCCCUGGAGGAUCUCUACAGCUUCUUCGAGACCUCAGUCCUCAGCAAGCCAGCGGAGGAGGAGGUGGCGGGGUUGGUAGUGGGAAACCUGAACCAAUCUCUGAGAGAGGACGUGAAGAAGGAGCUGGACUGCGAGAUUAAACAAGAACGUCUGGACGAGUCUGAGGAGAUUAUGAUUGAGAAGAUUAAGCAAGAUCUCCUGAAGUCUCUCUUUUACUGCGGCUGAUCUCGAGUUUACCUUUUGUUGGAUCUUUCUUAAAGAUGGACAUUGGACAGCGACGUGGAUUGUGAAUAGAUAAUUUUGUACCGGGGGACAAAUGAGACAUUUUAAUUGUGAAGGAUGAUUACAGCUCAAAAAAAAAGUUUUUAAAAGUAAAUUUAUAUGCAAAGUGCUAAAAAACCUCCGGGAAAUGUUAAAAACAAUUGUUUGAUCGUAUUUAUUAGAGGUUGCUUUAUCAGUUGGUAUUUUGGUGACCAUUCAGAUUAUAGUUAGUUCCUGCAGUAUGAGGCCGGUAUAUUCCCUCAUUUCUUCAACAGUUAUAAUAUUCGACUGUUUUGUUCAGGUUCAAUGUAUUUCUUAUCGUUCAUGUCCCAUAAUGCGGACUAGUUUUAUGAAUUGGGUCGUAUCAGACUCCCUUGGUAGUGAAAUAGAAUAAAGUUGAUGAAACAUGCGAUAUCUUAAAUGUUUUGUUCGCGAUUUAUGUUAAUUAAGAUGCUAAGUGUUUCUAUAUUUUAGAUUAAAAUUAGAUUAGUUUUGAGUGAUGUUGACUCUUUAUAAAGACUAUAUUAUUUGACAUUUAUAGUAUUUACACUUUUCAGACGCAGAAAUAAUUUUAGUUGUUGUGUACGGAAUGAGAUCAAAUUAUAUUGUUUUUUUUUCAAUAGCAAGACUUUGAAUCUGAAAAGGUAAACAUGACUUUCUGUUAACCUUCAUUACGUCCAAAUCUAACGUUCUCUACAGCUAAGGAAGUGAUGAGAUUUUUAUACGAUAAUAAUAAGCUUUUGUCAACAAUAAGUUCUGUCAAAUUGAUGUUUUGAUUUUUAACAGUCCAAUCAUCUUAAUUGAUUUUACCUUUUAUAUUGUUUCCGUUUAAGGUGUGAUUGAUUAUGAUAAUAUUUACUAGUAUUGUAUUCGUUCAAAUAUUGAAGCAUUUACUCUACAGCCGAAUGAUUAAAUUUUACCCAAUCAGAUACAGUUGAUCCCGAUUUGCUGGAAAUUCCAGGAGAAAUGUUUGCGGAAAGUUUAUUUGGAAUUUAAACUAGACUAUAGAAAAAUGUAGCACUUAUGGGUGUAAUCAAAAUUUCACGUUAAGUCGCCAUAUCGUUAAAUCGUGCCAGCCCCAGUCGCCCAGAGCACCUUGCUCUGGGCCUGGCACAGA